AUGGAAGCGAUAUCACCGGUUGACGUGGCGAUGUCCAACACCACCCUCCUUUCCGGCCUCACAGGCUCCGUGCCCCCCACCACACUCACCUCGUACACCGCCACCGCCUUCUCCGCCGACCCACGUGCGCUCUACUCGAGCUUCCUCAUGAUCAUCAUCUCGGAAAUCGGCGACAAGACGUUCCUCAUCGCGGCGAUCCUCUCCAUGCGGCAGAGCAAACUCGUCGUCUUCUCCGGGGCGUUUGCAUCGUUGGCGGUGAUGAGCGUGCUUUCGGCGAUGUUGGGUGUGAUGUUCCCAAGUUUGUUGCCAAGGUCGUGGACGAACGGGUUGGCAGCAGUGUUGUUCGCGGUGUUCGGGGUGAAGAUGUUGAAGGAUGCGAGGGAGAUGAAGGGGGAAGAGAUGGAGGAGGAGUGGAGGGAGGCCGAGAGGGAGAUCGAAGAGCAAGGGGAAGCGGACGAAGGGCAUGAACUCGAUACGCUCGAACAGGGGGACACCGUACAAUCGGCGAAGAAGAAGGAGAAGAAGCUCGGGGGUAUCAAGGAAGGCACUCGAAACUUGUGCGGUCUCUGCUUCUCCCCCACCUUCGCUCAGGCGUUCAUACUCACCUUCCUCGGCGAGUGGGGAGACAGGAGUCAGAUCGCAACGAUAGCGCUAGCCGCAGCCCACAACGUAGCGUUGGUCUGCCUAGGUACUAUCGUAGGUCACGCGUGCUGCACCAGCAUGGCGGUGUUGGCCGGCAGCUGGCUGGCGAGAAGGAUCAGCGUCAAGCAUGUAACACUGGGUGGGGCGGGGUUGUUUUUGCUGUUUGCCGUGGUCUAUGCUUGGGAGGCGUGGAGUGAGGGGGGUGAGGGGUUGGAGGGGGUCGUGGAAGCUGCGAAGGGGGCGGUGGGUGCCGGUGGUUUGGGGGUGUAG